AUGAAGGUCACAAAUGCCUUGGUGCAUGCCAUUGGGGUGCUCAGCUCUCUCGGUGCCAUAGUCGAUGCAAAGAGCCCUGGCCAUUCUCGAACUGAUGCAUGCCACCCUAAACACCCAUUUAAGCCUCUUCCUGCCUCCAAUGCCAGAACAAAGACUUGCCAUGUAGCCAACCAUGGCAACGGCAAAGACGAUUCGGCAAAUGUCCUGUCUGCAUUGCACAAGUGCAACAAUGGCGGAAAGGUCAUUUUCGAUGCUGAGAAGACUUAUACCAUUGGAAAAGCACUUGACAUGACAUUCCUCAAGCACGUUGAUUUGGAAAUCCAGGGCCAUGUCCAAUUCACCAACGACACAGAUUACUGGCAGGCAAAUGCCUUCAAACAAAUCUACCAGAACGCUACCACAUUUUUCCAACUCGGCGGCGAGGAUGUCAACAUGUAUGGUGACGGUACCCUUGAUGGAAAUGGUCAGGUCUGGUAUGAUCUGUAUGCAGAGAAUGCUCUCAUCUUGCGCCCCAUCCUUGUUGGCGUUAUUGGAUUGAAUGGUGGUACCAUUGGUCCUCUCAAGCUUCGCUAUUCGCCUCAGUGGUACCACUUCGUGGCCAACUCGACUGAUGUGUUGUUUGAUGGGAUUGAUAUCUCUGGGUUUAGUAGCAGCAAGAACGUGGCCAAGAAUACUGACGGAUGGGAUCUUUACCGGUCGUCGAACAUUGUCAUUCAGAAUUCUGUCAUUAACAACGGAGAUGACUGUGUUUCUUUCAAGCCCAACACUACCGAGAUCCUGGUUCAGAACGUUCACUGCAACGGUUCUCACGGCAUAUCUGUAGGGUCUCUGGGUCAAUACGAAGGCGAGGUUGAUAUUGUGGAAAACUUGCUCAUUUACAACAUCUCCAUGUUCAACGCUUCGGAUGGUGCUCGUAUCAAAGUCUGGCCUGGAACUGCCUCUGCUCUCUCAACUGAUCUCCAAGGUGGCGGUGGAUCCGGUAUUGUGAAGAACGUCACUUACGAUGGAAUGACCAUUGACAACGUCGACUAUGCGAUUGAGGUGACUCAAUGCUAUGGUCAGAAGAACCUGACUCUUUGCAACGAAUUCCCCAGUAGCCUCGUUAUCGAAGAUAUCCUCUUCACCAACUUCAACGGCGUGACAUCGGGUAAAUAUGACCCUAAUGUGGGAACAAUUGUUUGCUCUAGUCCGGAUGUUUGCUCGGAUAUCAAGGCCACCAACAUCGAUGUUACGAGUCCCGAUGGUGAUGAUAAGUUUACAUGCACGAAUGUUGAUGACAGCUUGCUGGAUGUGAACUGUGCUUAA